AAAGCCGGCAGCAUCUCCGUCUCUGCUCCAGUAAAGUCAAGGCUACAUUACAGACGACUGAGCCGUGCCUGGAGAAUGACCAACGCAUGAAUCCAUUUUGGCAGGCAUACUUUUGAUUAUAGGUUAUAGAGCAAAUAUCAACUCCUACACAAGCCUGUGUCCUCUUUCUGUGAAUCAAGUGACUCUUGAAUGGAAGGUUAAGACACAGGGUGAUUAAAAAAUGCUUGAAGCUCACUCCAGAGGAGGGAAGCAGUGGAAGAAAGAGAGGUGAAGUCAAGGAGAGGGAGCUGCGAGGACAGUGGAUUGUUUGCCUUUGCUUAUUUGAUGAUCGGGCUCAUAGAAGACAUCUGUGUGCCUCUAAAUAAUAACUCUGCAUGCUGUGAAAAAUCCCCAGGGCUGCUAUAGGGGGCUUGUUUAUCUCGCGAGUGAGAAACACAGCAUGCUUCUAAGCUCUGAGUGGCAGCAGAAGGGCAACAUGAUCUGAAGAAAAGAAGCACUUUCUUCUCUUUUGUUCGCUUUCUAUUCUUCCGUGCCUUGGACGUGCAUUGAAAUGAACACUUCUCUGCAACUUGGGGGGUCCUGCCUGUCCCCCAUUUCACUCCGUCUCCUCCACAAAUUCACCUUUUCAUUCACAAACCUCCUCCUGUAAUACCCAUUUAAUUUUCCCGGCUCCAUUUCUUUUAUUUUCAGACAUUUCUUCACCUAUUCUCCAUCGUCUUUCCUUGCACCAUGCACUCAUGCAUCUCCCUUACCUGAUUUUUUCCCUCUCCCCAUUAUUUUUCUCUCCUCUUCUACUAUUUUCGACCAUUAAUUCGUCUCUCCUAUACUAGCCUGAGGACAUCCAGGACUGAACACGCACCGCUCUUUCUCUCUCCUAAUUACCAUCUCUCCCCCGCGCUCUUUAUCCCGCCUCACUCUCAAUCAUCCAUCCCGUCCUGUCACCAUGUAUUCCUCCGAGGAGCUCUGGAACUCCACCGAGCGUGUCUGGAUCAACAGCUCGGAGGGAAACUUCUCUCUGGGAAGACGGCGAGAUGAACACGAGGAGGACGAAGGAGAUCAGCAUCCCUUCCUCACAGACGCCUGGCUGGUGCCCCUCUUCUUCUCCCUCAUCAUGCUGGUGGGACUCGUGGGCAACUCUCUGGUGAUUUAUGUCAUCUCCAAACACAGACAGAUGAGGACGGCAACCAACUUCUACAUAGCCAACCUGGCAGCCACUGACAUCAUCUUCCUGGUGUGCUGCGUCCCCUUCACCGCGACCCUCUAUCCUCUCCCCGGAUGGAUCUUCGGCAAUUUCAUGUGCAAAUUUGUUGCUUUUCUACAGCAGGUGACUGUCCAAGCCACCUGUAUCACUCUGACCGCCAUGAGCGGGGACCGCUGUUACGUCACAGUCUACCCUCUGAAAUCUCUCCGCCACCGCACGCCGAGAGUCGCCAUGAUCGUCAGCAUCUGCAUUUGGAUCGGCUCCUUCAUCCUCUCCACCCCGAUUUUAAUGUACCAGCGUCUGGAGGAGGGCUAUUGGUACGGCCCGAGGCAGUACUGCAUGGAGAGAUUCCCCUCAAAGACUCAUGAGAGGGCUUUCAUCCUCUACCAGUUUAUUGCUGCCUACCUGCUGCCUGUUCUCACUAUCUCCUUCUGCUACACUCUGAUGGUGAAGAGAGUGGGCCAGCCCACUGUGGAGCCUGUAGACAACAACUAUCAGGUCAACCUGCUGUCUGAGAGAACGAUAAGCAUCAGGAGCAAAGUCUCCAAGAUGGUGGUCGUCAUCGUCCUCCUCUUCGCCAUCUGCUGGGGUCCCAUCCAGAUCUUUGCCCUCUUUCAGUCUUUCUAUCCCAACUACCAGCCCAACUACGCCACAUACAAGAUCAAGACGUGGGCCAACUGCAUGUCCUACGCCAACUCUUCGGUCAACCCAAUAGUUUACGGUUUCAUGGGAGCCACUUUCCAAAAGUCCUUCAGGAAAACCUUCCCGUUUCUCUUCAAGCACAAGGUCAGAGACAGCAGCAUGGCUUCCAGGACCGCCAACGCUGAGAUCAAGUUCGUUGCUGCAGAGGAAGGCAACAAUAACAAUGCAGCAAAUUGAAAAAAGAUUUGUAUUUGCAGGGAGACGAUUAAAAAUGAUGAACGGUUUCCAGCCGUGGGUUCAUUGUGUCAAAGUCUUCAUAGAGCAGCUGGCUGCGUUGAAAGGACAGACUGUGCUUGGCAGACACAUUGUAGUUAUGAUAAUGAAUACAACUAAUUAAUGAAUUGAUGUGGGGAAACAGAGACUCAUAAUACAGAUGGACACUAACAGCGUUUGGCACAAUAUGUUACCUGUUUUGAAUGCCAAGGCCAGGCAGCGUUGGCGCCCAGCACCGUGCAUCGGGCUGGCAAACACCAAAGCCAAAUAACAGACGACACAUCUCAUGACGAAAGAGGAACAUUUGUGUGUGUGAGCUGUCAGCAGGAGCUCUAAUCCCUGAAACAUCAUGGCUGACAAGGUCUGCAGCUCUGGCUAUGCAGCUAUCCAGCAUUUGGACAGCUGAUGAUAUUAUGUAUUCUGAGAGUAAUGCAUACUGGGAAUGACUGAAAGCUGAAAGUGCAUUUUGAAUGGACAGUUAAUACACCAGAACAGAUGCCUGCAGACAUGUUGUUUUUGUUCAUGUUGUUGACAUUUAUUCCAAUCACUGGAGAGAAAAAGAAAAUCUUUCUGUGUUAUUUUGGGAAACAGCUAACAUUUGUUAAAGGAAUAGUUGGACAUUUUGAGAACUUUUUUUUGCUUUUUUGCAGAGUAACAUGAGAAGAUUGUGACCGCUCUCAUGUCUGAGACAGCUCACACUGUAAAAAAUGUCUGUAUAAAUUACAGUAAAACAAUGUCAAAUUGCAUCAGAAAUAGGGCGUAAAAUCAAAGAAAAAGAAUAACACAAAACUUUUACUGUCAUAAACUGUAGGAAACACACAGUUUUGCUGUAAAAAUAUAACAUUU